CGUGAGCGAAAGCUCGCGGUCCUCCACCCCACCCCUCACCGGAACCGGAUCGAAUUUUAGAGCGUCUGGGAGGUGCCGCCUCUUUUGUCUGCUCCUUCCACGUUCGAGCUAUUCACGGAGGGCCGACCGGGCGAAUCUGGUGCAAGAGAGGAGACAUUGAGCUCAAGUGCAGAAGUGCCUUACAUGUGAAAUCCAGCUCUCUGCUUUGCUCCUCUGUGCUAGUUUCAUCAGGAAAAGAAAUCAACUCCAACUCCAUUCCAGCAAUAAGAUUCAGCGUUUUUGGCUGUGGGAUUGUCCCCAUCUGCAUAUAAUAGGAAUGGAGACUAUAAGAAAAAGCCUCAUUGCUCUGCUGUGCCUUGGAAGCUCUUGAUCUGGAAGUCUGAGAAAGUUGGGAAUACAAAUUAAAGCACCACAGAACUCUGCAGCAGAGAAAUUAUUCUGUCAGGAUGUUUACACUGUCGGCAGAGAACAGACUUUCUACUGUGCCAGCUUUGAGUUUGCCUGAAGGAAGAACUGAACUUGCCACCAUGGAAGAACAUCAGCAUCUACAUUGCGUCAACUGUGUUAGUCGGCGUUGUAUGACCAGACCAGAAGCUGGCAUUUCCUGCGACUUGAUUGGUUGUCCAGUGGUUUGUGGAGCAGUAUUUCAUUCAUGUAAAGCUGAAGAGCAUCGCCUUCUAUGUCCACUUGAAAGAGUGCCUUGCCUCAACAGUGGCUUCGGCUGUCCAUUUACUGUGGCAAGAAACAAAAUUGCUGAACACCUAGAAACUUGCCCUGCGAGUGUGGUAUGCUGCACUAUGGAGUGGAAUAGAUGGCCAGUCAGUUAUGCUGAUAGAAAAUCUUAUGAAAAUCUAAGUAAAGAUGUUGAUGAAGUUGAACAGUUAGACAUGGCUCUUGCCCUUCAAGAUCAGCGAAUGCUCCUUGAAUCUCUCAAAGUUGCAACUAUGACAUCAAAAACAGUUGACCAGGUGACAAAAUCCAGAGAACAGAUUUCUGUUGCAAAUGCCCCAGAUGCUGCACUUGCAAAUGGCUUGAUGCCUGUAGAUGAAGAGUCGUAUGGUGCACUUUAUCAAGCCACUGUAGAAACAACUAAGAGUUUAGCCACAGCUCUGGAUAUCCUGAACACUGCUACUAGAGAUAUAAGCAUGUUAAGUUCUAAACUUGGUAUCUCACCAUGUGAAACAAAUGAAGAUUUUGGGUCAAAAGAGCAAAAUUGUAAUAGAAGUAUGCAUAAGAAGGUUGGGCAUGACUAUCAAGAUGGUGAUAACAUGGGAGCAGUUGGUGGCAUUGAGUUGGAUGUUUUGAGUCAAAAUGCACAGUUGGAACAAAAUGGCUCAAGUGACAUUUGUUACGAUACCAUGCAACAGUACAACUUGAAUAUGAGCCUUGAUAAUACCUCUUUAUGUAAUGGCUUUUAUGUAGACAAUACUGGUGAAGAUACUUUGCAGCAGAGUGAAGAACUAGAAACAUGUAAUUCUGACCAAUCUAAUGUAGCAAAUGGUGUAAGCAAUGAAUCUCCUUGUGAUGAAGCAUUGAGUUCUUACAACCUUAUUCCUGUAGCACCACAAGUUAGGGAAGAAAUACCUCUGCACAGUUUAUCUAAUGGCACCAUUAAUCAUGUAUAUUUUCCUCGUGACUGCGGUGAAGAACUAUUACAGAGGCAAAUAGAACAAGACAGACUCAGAAACAUAGAUGUAUUUUCUUUAAUUCCCCAUCGUACCUAUACUUUCCUUGCAAAUCACUACUUAUCUACACCAAAGGAAGACAAAGCAGUAGAUACUUCGGAUUUGGAAAUAACAGAAGAUCCUAUGGGUCUUCAGGGAAUAGACUUAAUCACAGCAGCGUUACUGUUCUGUCUCGGGGACUCACCUGGUGGCAGGGGAAUAUCUGAUAGUCGUGUUAUUGAUGGAUACCGUGUUGAUUUCGGAACUCAGACAUUUUCUCUCCCAUCUGCAAUUCUGGCCACAAAUACAAUGGUAGGGGAAAUUGCUUCAGCCUCUGCGUGUGAUCAUGCAAAUCCACAGCUCUCAAAUCCAAGCCCUUUCCAGACUCUUGGGCUAGACUUGGUACUAGAAUGUGUGGCUAGAUACCAAACAAAGCGCUCAAUGUUUACAUUUGUUUGUGGACAAUUGUUUAGACGAAAUGAAUUUUCUUCACAUUUUAAGAACGUACAUGGUGAUAUUCACGCUGGCCUCAAUGGCUGGAUGGAGCAGAGAUGUCCUCUAGCUUAUUAUGGGUGUACAUAUUCUCAGCGCAGAUUUUGUCCUUCGACACAGGGGGCAAAGAUUAUUCAUGAUCGUCAUCUUCGGUCGUUUGGGGUUCAGCCCUGUAUAUCUACUGUGCUGACAGAGCCUGACAAGAGAUGUUGCUUAGGUCUGCGUAGUGAUCAUUUGAGCAAUCUUCCUUUUGAAGUUCUACAACAUAUUGCAGGUUUUCUAGAUGGCUUUAGUUUAUGUCAGCUUUCCCAGGUGUCACGAUUAAUGAGAGAUGUAUGUGGAAGCUUACUACAGGCACGUGGAAUGGUCAUACUGCUGUGGGAAAAGAGGAUGUAUCCAGAUGGAAGUUCUUCAUGGCAAAUAAAGGAGAAGGUGUGGCGAUUCAGCACAGCAUUUUGUACUGUAAACCAAUGGAAGUUUGCUGACAUUGUCAGCAUGGCUGACCACUUGAAGAAAUGCAGCUAUAAUGCUGUAGAGAGACGGGAGGAGGCUGUGCCACUGCCAUGUAUGUGCGUCACACGAGAGCUUACAAAAGAAGGACGAUCGUUGCGCUCCGUCUUGAAACCCGUACUUUAAGCACGAAGAAUUUACUCCCACUUGCACAUACACUCAAGCACCUGAUAUAACCUCUGUGUAAUAUUUUGUGACACUUUAUUAAUUUACUAAAGAUGAUUUUUGAGGCAAAUCUACUCUUAUGUACAUAAUGUUUUGAAGUGGCAUUUAUUUUUUUAUAAUACUGUCUGGUUAGAAUUAAUGAAAGUUGCCUUAAUGUUUGAAACUAUGGAACUUGCUGGACAGGGUAGUUUUGUAUAACUUUUAUCAUCUUAAACUUUUCAUUAGUUUUUUUUUCUGAUUUUGGUGUCCAUUUCUUUUUAUUGACUUCUGACUUCCGGAGGAUAUGCACAUUCAGACAGGAACUCAAAUUGUAUAGAGAGGAAUCUGACCAAGCAAUGUAUUAAACUGGUCUCUUUAUGAGUUGGGAUAUAACCAUUUAAAAAUGGUAUUCUGUUCAGAAUUUGGCAGCACAUAUCUUGACCUUUAAUGAUUGUUGUACUCAUUUAAGCUGACUGUUAUAUUUAAUACAGUUUCUAAUUAUGGGAAGAUCAUGGUUUGUAUUAAACUAUCCUUCUACCAAUGGAAUGGACACUGAUAGUGGAACUAAUUCCCCCUCCUCAUGUGCUCCCCCCCCAAAUCUGCUUCUGGAGGAUAGGGGGAGCAGAUUUAAGGAAUGAGGAAGGGAAGGACCUAUUGCACAAGCAGAAGUCCACUUGCAUAAAGUUGGUUUUAGCCCUUAUAUAGGAUGUGUUUUUAGCAUUGAUGCAAAUGAAACUCUUGAUCUGAAUGGAGCAGAACUGCAUCUUAUGUGAAUUUGGAACUUGCAGUAGAUUUGCUUCUAAUGAUACCUUCCCUUGAUGGUCAAUACAAGCUGCUGCUACUAGCAGUCAAACGGAACAAAAUUUAAUUGUUUUUGUACUUAGACUAGCAUUUUGGGUUCACAAACGAUCUUCCCUUUUUUUGGUAGAUUGAUAAAUGGUGAACUUGAACAAAAUUCCUGUUGCUUGCUGAAAACUAGCUGCACAGGAGUAAAAGUUUUAGAUGCAUAUACCUAAUGAAGGGCUUAGGUUUUAUGGUGUCAAUAGAAUACAUCUAACAUGUCUACAGAUGUUCUACUUGGCUUCUAAAUUGUAUAGGACUCUGAUUCUGAACACACACUGAAGUAAGUUCCAUUGGAAUUUGCUUACAAGAAGAUGUGUUUAGGAAAGAGGUGUCAGUACGCCAUCUUUAUAAGAUGAGAAUCCAUUCAUUGCAUAAAGCAUAUCUUAAAUACAAGUUCAUCCAUUUCAUAAAUCCAUAUUUUCCAUAGUCUUCCAUAAUGAGGACAUUGUGUUGAAUGUUUACUGUAAUUAUGAGAAUGCCUUUAUACUAGCAUAAUUCAGAGGAUUUCAUACUUGAUACUGCUAGUUUAUUGAGUUUGGUGCCACAGACUAACAGAACAAGUUUGUAUAAAUAAAAUAAUUUGUUUCUAAUUUUAAGGAAGAAAAGUAUUGACAAGCUGAUUAUAGAAAUGGCUACAUAUGUAAUGUUUGUAAUGAAGUCAUUUAAGUAUACUUGAUCAAGAGUUCAUAUAUUUGGCAUAUAUGAAUCCAAUCUGGGACAUAAUUACAUUUUUCAUAACUUAGGGUGUCCCAUGUUUUAAAAAACAAGCAAACAAACUAAGCCUCAUUCUCUAGUGCCAUAGAGUGAGACCACUAAAGAAUGUGGGUACUGGCUCUUUAUAGCUGAUGUCUGUAAUGCCUGGAUCUUGGAAUCAGUUAACUAUUCUCACAAAGCUGCCUUUCUCUUUGAAGAAAGUACCGAUAAUUUUUCUUCAAUCCUGUGGAAUCUUGUCUUUAGUUGACAGAAGAACAUUUCUAAUUUUAGUAGCUUGGAGAAGAGCGAAGGGGAUGUUACUAUACCAGUCCAGAUAAUAUGCUGAUCCUUCUUUUAUAUAGGCAAUCCCUACAAUCAAAAAAUCUUAAAUCUCUAGCUAUAGGAAGUAGUUUAGCAAUUUCUGGCCACUUGCUUUUCUCCAGAAAAAGAGCAGUCAGCUUCAAAUAACCAAUAAUAUUCAUUCCACAGUAUUGCAAGCUCCUUCUGUAUAUCACUAGUGUUUAAUCAUCAGAAAUCUUAGCUAGUGUAUACUUCAUUAAUUAUACUUUUUGUUGUUGGAAUUCAAGGUUGGCAGAAAUGUAUCUUGGCCCCUUGAGUAUAUGGCAACUACAAAAACACUAGAACGUGCUCUAGCUUCAAAAGAAGUGUAGUUGUACCUGUGGUAAACAGUUGGUUCCUUUUUUCACAUUAAGCAUUUUGAACAUGUCUUUCUCAACACAACAUGCACUUUUACUUUCAAAUCUAAAUACUGUGUUGUUGUUUUAAAAAACUUAAUCCAGAGCUAUUAAAGCAGUAAUGCUGUAAAGAAUUCUAUUUGGUAUACUCUUGUGUACAAGAAUUCAAUACAAAUUUAAGAUAUCAGUAUUUUAUACUGCUAUGCAGUGUUUUUUUUAAAAAAAACAGUGAUAUAUAGUUUGUCAAUAAUACUUGAGUUUCUUUCCUGUAAUAUAUCUUGCAUUUUAAAUGUUCAUUGAGUCUCUGUUGCAGUUGCUUUGCCUUUUUUCAUAUUCUCAGCUAUUCCUUUCUUACCAAUACACUACUACCUUUUAAAAAUGUUUUGUUAAUGGUGGUGUUUUUUGCAAUGUCUGUCAUAAUCCUAAUAAAACACAUUUGCCAUUUCUCUAUUUAGUACACUUUUUUGGUUGAUAACCUCUUUUGUGUUAAUGACCUCUAUACCUAUGCAUAAUACAUUGAAAUAAAAAUAUUUAAGUUAGUGAAGGAAUGCCACUAUGAAAUAUGGUUUCUAGAAUCUGGAAUGAGAAAUCCUUAUCCCUUAGUGUACUUCAAUAAGUGGAAAUGUAAAUUUAAUUAAAAUACCUGAAGAAGGCUAA